CGACGAUGCAGCUCCAGCAUGGCCCUCGGCCUGGAGUGGCCGGUGCUGCUCGUCCCCGCAGUAGUCUCCCCCGCCGACCUAGCCUCCCGCGCCGCCGCCGCAGCAGCAGCAGCACGACCAGGACGACGAGGACGGCGCUGGUGGUGCUAGUAGCCGCGGCGACAAGAGACGGGGCCAGAAAGACGACGGCGUCGGCCAGCAGGGCCACGGCGGCGGACGUGGUGAGGCAGUUCUACGACGGGGUGAACCGGCGGGACCUGGCGGCGGUGGAGCCGCUCAUCGCGGAGGGCUGCGUGUACGAGGACCUGGUGUUCCCGCGCCCCUUCGUUGGGCGGGAGCGUGUGGUCGGCUUCUUCGGCGAGUUCAUGGGGACCAUCAGCCCCGACCUGCAGUUCGUCAUCGACGACAUCUCCGCCGAGGACUCCGCCGCCGUCGGGGUCACCUGGCACCUGGAGUGGAGGGGGAGGCCGUUUCCCUUCAGCAGGGGAUGCAGCUUCUACCGCUUGCUCGGCUCGGGCUCGGACUCGGACGCGGAUUCGGACUCGGAGCAGCAGCGGCUGCAGAUUGUGUAUGGUCGAGACUGCGUGGAGCCGGCCGCCAAGCCCGGGGAUUUGGCACUGGUAAUCAUCAGGGGAGUGACAUGGAUCCUCGAACGAUUUCCGAGCCUUGCAAGCAGGCUCUGAUGACCCCAGGUCCCCAACCGAGGCAAUAGCUACAGGAUACGCUACGCAUGGCUUUGCUCUCGAAAGUCCAGUGAGAUCGAGCUAGCAGACGUGUAUAAUGUUCUACAAUUAAUACAUUAUUCUAAGAAACUGGCCAAACGUAUGUCUCGUCGUGACGAAAAGAAAAAUAAAAAUAUAGGCCCAAUUACUUUUAUUAAAUAGGAGUGUAUAGUUCUGCACCUAAGUAAGAGCUUGUUACUAUACAAAAACUGACUAUUAGUAAGAUGAGAUGUAUAGUUUACAGUCGGUCUACCGGCUAAACCAUUAACCUUGCUCUAAUUUUAUAUAUAUGCAAACAUAAAUGUAUAG